AUGUCAGGACAUUAUUCAGAAGACGAUUUGAAAGCUGAAAUUGUGAGUUUCAUGGCCAACAUAAAGGUCAAUACUUCCAAAGCAGAUAAAUUAGCCAAGAAAAUUGCCAACCAAGUAACGAAUGAGAAUGUGGAGUUGCUUAGAAUAGUACUAUUGUUACGUGACUAUUUGACUUCGGAGGAUAAUACCAUUAGACAGAAUGCGCUCUGCUGCUUGUCUUCUAUUUUAGCAGCCGUAUCACCUUCCGUAUUAAAGAACAACGAUGUAACAGUAAUAUUUGAUUUCUAUCAAAGCAAAAUGGAAGACUCUGGAUGCAUGAAAGAGACUUUGCAGGGUAUCAAUUCAUUAGUAUUGAUGGAAUGCUUCUACAGUAGUCAUGUUAGAAAGUUACUCGAUAUACUAGCAAAUGAUUAUCAACCUACAAACUUUCUAGCAGCAACUAGAUACUUUGGGUUUAAUAUAAUGGAUAAUAUAUUAGCGAAAUUUAAGGCCCAAAUGUUAGAGAACGAUGAAUUGAAUGACAAAUUUAUUGAAACUUUUAUUCGUGUUGCCACCGGUGAGAAAGACCCUCGAAAUCUAUUGAUAUCAUUUCGUUUGAAUAAAGAGAUCACUACCGGUUUGAAUAACAUUGAUAAAUUCAAAGAGGAAUUAUUUGAUAUUCUAUUUUGUUAUUUUCCCAUAAUGUUCAGGCCGCCAAGUAACGACCCUUAUAAAAUAACUAAUGGCGAUUUAAAGCUAGCUCUAAGAAAUGCUAUAAGCGCCACUGAAAAGUUUGAAGAAGAUGCCUUUGGUAACCUUCUUGAUAAACUAACUGCGUCAUCACCUAGCGUCAAAAACGAUACAAUAAUGACCAUCAAAGCCUGUUUGGACAAUUUCAGUGGAACUUCUUCCCUAAAGCAUUGGCUUCCUAUAUGGGAUGCUUUGAAAUUUGAAAUAAUGAAUGGAACAGACCCAGAACCAUCUCUACUAGAUGUAGGAGGGGCUAUUGAGAAUUCUUCUUCUAAACAAGAAGAGUCUUUCAAUAACUAUGCCUCAUCCUUGUCCGUUAUUACAUCAUUAUCAUUGAAACUUAUUUUGUUAGAUGAGCAUGCAUUCGAUAAAUUCUUCAUGCAUAUCUUUGACGAGAUCAUACCAAAUUUUAAGCAAAACAAAGAUCUAAAGCAAUGUUGCGAUCUUCUUGCUUCUAUCUCCAAAGUAAAUUUGCUGACAUUCAAUAAAGUUAUUAAAAAAAUAUUCCCCGUAUUAUUCAUGGAGAAAGAUUUAGACGUCACCAAACAAAAACUCCUUCUAUUAAACUUGGCACCAUUCUUCGAUGCGUAUAUUUCUGUUUCUACCCUGGUGGGUGAGGAAGUCUCGCAAUUCUCGGUUAAAAAUGAAUUACGUGUCUAUAAAGAUGACGUUGUUAUGCUUUUGAGUAAAUGUCUAACAGGAACUUCAAAAAGUGAAGUAACUUUGAGAACAUUAUCAAUUGUUCACUUUACUACUCUUGUUAAAAUGGAUGGAUUCUUAGAUGCUGAAGAAAUUGCUAUGGUUGUUCAAUAUUUUACUGAAACUAUAUUGACAGAUGAUAACAAGAAUAUUUACUGUGCCUGUCUAGAAGGGUUAAAAUUUAUUGGUUCUAUCAAUGAUGCGGUUGUGUAUGAUGUGUCUUUGAAAUAUAUGUUGGAUCUACUUCCUAUUGACGAGGAUUCAAAACAUCUUACAGUAAUUGGUACUGAGACUGUUCCCCCCGAAAGAAUUCUAAAGGUAAUCCUUGAUUUUACAACUUCGAGACACCAUUUGGUAAAAGAGAGUAUAGUUGCUCUCUCUAUAAAACUAAAGAAUAUCGUUAAAAAUCCAACUAAUUCUAAUUACUGCUUUCUGGUGCUAUCAUGUUUGGAUUCCCUUUUGCAGAAUAAUGUUGAAAAUUUUGAAGAAGGGACCGGAUCAUAUCUAAAAGCGGCCAUUGAGAAAAUUAUAAUAGAUUGUGCACUAGAUAAAGACGUGAUAUAUCUCGAUGAUCACUCUUUGACUCUAUCUGCACAUAUUUUAUUUUAUUUGAACUUGAAAGCGGAUAUCCAUACUCACCAGGAUAUAUUAAACUUUUAUUAUGAGCGCUUUGUUGAACACGAAAAAAUUUUUGAAUCACCAAAAAGAUCCAUAGUAGUUUAUUCUAGGGUGUUGUCUGCAUUGGAUAAAUCAUUAUUGCCUUCUUCAGUUAAUGCUAUAUUCAGGAAAACCAUCAAUCUUUUGGAAAGUGAUGAGAAUAUGUCUGCACUUGAAUCCUUGGGAUACUUAGAAUUUUUAGCUUUACUAUCAAACAAAUGGCUUACCGAAAAAUUCAUUGACGAUACCCUUGACCUUCAAAAUAUAUCCAUGAAAAACUUGCAAAUUAUAUUUUGGGUUAAUAAAGGAUUAGUAAUGAAAAACUCUGCGUCCGCAAUUGCGUUAACAGAUUAUUUAUUUGGCCUUUUAGGGAACGAACAAAUCGGUAACAAGGUUGCUCAACUUUUCGAAAUUCUAGUUUUAGAUCUUCCAAUAUUUGAAAAAUUCAAGAAAGUAUCAUGGAAUAACAAUGUCAGAUUGUUAUACAAGCAGAAAUUUUUCAAUCAUAUUGCAACAAAGAUGGUAGAAUCUUUCAAAGCAGCCAAAGUAAUGACAAUUAAAUCGAACUAUUUGACUGGCCUUUCUUUAGUGUUGAAGAACACGCCAUCUACAAUUACGAUAUCCUAUAUCAAAGAUUUGUUGCCACUUCUCCUACAAGCUCUACAACUUGAAAAUGGAGAAGUAAGACUUUCCUCCUUGCAGACCCUAAACGAUACCGUCGAAAAAAACCCACAAUUGAUUACUGAGCAUGUUCAUACAUUAGUUCCGUUACUGCUCGGCUUGAUAUCACCAUCCAAGUAUAAUAAUGCUAGUGUCAGAUUGCUGUCACUUGAAGUAUUGCAGAAAUUCCCAGAAAAUGUUCCUCUAAAUUAUUUAAUUCCUUUAAAAAGCGAUAUUAUAAUGAAGCUACAGAUUGGAUUGGAUGACAAGAAGCGCAAAGUUCGUAAACAAUGUAUUGAUACAAAGCAGACCUAUAUAGAGUUGGGACAGGUUCCUUUUGAAUGA